AUUUUUAUUUCAGAUCCUCCUAAGAACACCUCAGUGUCAGUCAGCCCCUCUGGUUCAGUGUUAGAGGGCAGCUCUGUGACUCUGACCUGCAGCAGUAAUGCCAACCCAGCAGUGCAGAACUACACCUGGUAUAAAGUGAAUGGGACAGAGAUGAACACUGUAGGAACUGGACAGAAUAUCACCUUCACUGUGACUGAGUCCAGUGGCAGUGAACAGUACUACUGUGAAGCUCAGAAUGAACAUGGCAAGGAGAACUCAACUGUACAACUGGAAGUUGAUUAUGCUCCUAAGAACACCUCAGUGUCAGUCAGUCCCUCUGGUUUAGUGUUAGAGGGCAGCUCUGUGACUCUGACCUGCAGCAGUAAAGCCAACCCAGCAGUGCAGAACUACACCUGGUAUAAAGUGAAUGGGACAGAGAUGAACACUGUAGGAACUGGACAGAAUCUCACCUUUAAUGUGACUGAGUCCAGUGGCAGUGAACAGUACUACUGUGAAGCACAGAAUGAACAUGGAAAAGAGAAAUCAAAAACUGUACAGCUGAAUGUGAUAUACAUGCCUCAGAUCUCUGGCUCUGGGAGCUGCAGCAGAACUGCAGCAGAGAUCAGCUGCUCCUGUGAGAGCCGUGGGAAUCCCUCUCCCAGCAUGGAGUGGCGUGUGUCUGGACUGCGGGUCACUAACUCUACUGACAGAGUCAUCAGGGAGGAGCAGCUGGGGAACACAGGCCUGAGGAGCUCCCUCACCAUGCGCCAAUCACAGGGAGACACGCCCACUCUCCUCUGCGUCAGCACCAACACUCUCGGCUCCUCCAGCCUCCAGCUCCACCUCCUGUCUCCACAGCAACACUCAGGUUUUGGCAUUGCCUCACUGCUGAUUGGUGCAGCUGCCAGUGCUGGUGCCAUGAUGAUGAUAUGCCUCAUAAUGCAGCACAUUCUAAAGAAGAAGAGACACAUCCAGCGCUCUGGAAGUAGAAUGAAGGACAGCGAAGGGAUCAUACUGACAGAUGGGACAGCCGCUCAAGAUGAGGAAUCGAUCUACGUCAACAUGACCAUGCUGUCGGGCGCGAGUGCGAAGGAAAAGGGGGACGAGGGCGCCCUGCACUAUGCCACCGUGGAUUUCUCCAAACUUCCCGGCACGGGUGGGGAACACGGAACGGGCAUCUCCGGGCACUUCCAAACGGACGCCCGACUACGCCAUGAUCCGACACAAAUCCAGGGAAGAGAGAGAAGGAGCAGAGGAAGAAGGUGA